CAACAAUAUGGGCGAUCAAUCAGAAAUCGCAGCUGCAAAUGAUGUUUUCGUAGAAAGGCCACGCCUUACUUCUGCAACUCAACUCGCACCGAAACGACAAUUUCUCUGGACGGUCAACAGAGCUCCGAAACAUCAGCACCAGCACAAAUGACAGUGCCAAUAUCGGAGUUACCAAGAGGAUUUUAUCUGUCAACUAUGAUAGUCAACGAGGGUAAUACCCAUUGCGUGGGUGAUGUGGAGGAUAGGCAAAACUGCUCGGCUGUGAUUCUUAAAUCGUAGAGUGUUGGAGAAUUGUUUGGCAAGAGUCUCUUGUUUUCACAUGCUCGAGCACUGGUGAAAAAUGGAGUAGAAUCACCACUGAUUGAGAAAUGUGUGAUUCUCCAUGCCGACAAAACGCUAAGUUACCACGUCUAUGGACACGUCGUCAAUCCCGCAGAAGGAAAGCUUGCGGAAAUCUUGGACAGCACCGGAGCAUUGCCGCAUAUUUUGACAAAUUUUGGAAAAUUGAACCUAUGCAGCGGAAUAUGCGCCAUUAGUGUUUAUCAUUCGCAAGCGGACUCAGUGUUCAGAGACGGUCUUGAGAGAUGGCACCAGAACGAUUGUUCGCUAAUCUAAAAAAAAGUGACAACUGCUCGAAACUGCGAAAAGUUUAAUUGCAGAAGGAGGCGCAAUUCAAGAAGAGCAAAUCGCUGAAUCGAGUUUUCAGCUCUUCAAACCCCGUAGAUAAGAAAAAAUGGAGGCAAUGCGACGAAAAAAUAGUGUCGAAAGACGCAAGAAGAAUCGAGCUAAAGCACGCGUAACAUUGCUGCUGCAAUCUUUGAACGAGACCAAAGAUGAAAUGUCGAAAAUAAGUGCUGAAAGUCUCGAGAGAAAGUUUUCCGAUUUAAAAGUUCCUGAUUUUCAAAAAACUGCACUCUGAGAGAUCGUUGAAGCCGCGACGAAGAAGGAUGCAAAAGGCCGACGCUACACAGAACAGUGGAUAAUAUUGUGCAUACUAAUGAAAAUCCGCUCGCCGGCAUAUUACCGAGUUUAUGCGGAAAAAUAACGUUCUGCCGCUACCUUGCACACGCACGAUUCGGGGCUAUUUUUCAUUGAUAAAUAUAAAGUGCGGUUUCGAUGAAAACUUCUGGCAGCUGCUGAAGAAACAUUUUGAGCGUAAAACUUCUUUGCAACGCCACGGUGUGAUUUUGUUGGACGAAAUCAAUCUAAUAAAAUCUGUGGCAGUGUGCUCGCGGAAUUUGACGUACGUUGGCUUGACAGAUUUCGGAAAUAAUGGGCCACAAUCGACGAGCAUCGACGAUCAAGCAACUCAUGGUUUGGUUUUCAUGUUCCAACCGCUUGCCGACACGUACACACAGCCCAUUGCUGUCUUCGCGUCAAAAAAUUCCGUUAAAGGAGAGGAAUUAGCAAAAUUAGUUGUUAAAGCUAUCAUCUACCUCGAAGAAACCGGAGUAAAAAUUCACGGGAUUAUUGCUGAUGGCGCGUCAACGAAUCAGAAAAUUUGUGCUAUAUUGGGUGUCACGAGCUCCAUCGACGAUACGAAAACAUGGUUUAGCCACCCUCUCGACAGCGACCAAAAAGUAUUCGUCUUCUCCGAUUCUCCUCAUCUGAUGAAGACUAUUCGAAAUCGGCUACACAAUACAAAACGACUGAGGGUCAGUUCCACAAGUGAUUACAUCGAGUGGAUAACUUGGAAAAAAUUAGACAAAAAUAUUUCUCAUGUAUUUUUUCCGAAGAUAUUAUUUUGACGCGUUUUUCACUUUUCUAUAAAUUUUUUGGCACCAUACGCCAAGCAGCGGGAUGCAAUGACCAUCCAAACUUUCCAACGUUCUUGCAACUGUACAAAUUGCUCUCGGUGUACAGCAUAAUCAAGCCGCCGAAGCAUGGGAAUUGCACAG